UUUUUCAAGCAACGCCCGCAUGCGCAAUGAGGCUCUUGGCACUCCAAAGGAAAAAAGGGGAGACCGAAAGAGUCGUAGGAAGAAGAAGAAGAAGGGCUGCAAUCCCUUAUUAUUGUUAUUAAGGAAGAGGAGACCAAAUGGUUUUGUAAAUGCUUGUCCGUCAGGAAGCCAAGGAUGAAGAAAGCAAGCCGGACGGCGCCUAAUUCCGCGCUCAAAGCGACUCCUGGCGUCAACAAAACGCAAACGGCGGCGGCGGAGAAAGCCAAGGCCGAAAACGCUUCCGCGGUGCCCGUGGCCAGCAAGGUUUUGAAAACGGGGGCGGCUGCAUCGUUACUAAAGACCAAGAGCAACGAUGACCUUCUAGCCGGGAUGGCAGGUGGUGCGACCUUGAGCAACGGAGGCGGCGUCAAGGCAAAGAAGAGCAUUUCCGCAUCCAGCACAACUUCUGCUGCUGCCGCGGCGUCCGGAACCACCAUAGAGAAUAAAGCCAAGUCUGCGUCAGGCACGAACGCGGCGUCUAAACGCGGCGCAUUGUCUGGGACGAAGGAACCCGGCUCUUCCCGUGACAGGAUCCGCGACCGUUCCCGUCCGGCGCAGAGCAAGAAGGCGCCAUCGUCGUCCGGCGUUUCCAGUGCCGAGGCGUCUCUCACCAAGCGCUCCCGCGGCCGUGCCAAUGCGGACACGGAUUCGCGCAUGAGCAAGUCCAAGUCGGACAACCAGAUCAGCAACCGCGCCGCGCUCGAAGGGAAGGUCAAGGACCUCGUCUCACUGGCGACGGCGAAGGAUGCCGAGAUAGCCCACCUGCGCAGCGAGCUGCGCGGGAUGCGCGCACGGCUGGGGAUCGGUGACGACGACGCGGAGGACGAACACGACGAAGAAGAGGAGGAUAAGUUGCCGCUGCCGAAGGAGCCUGCCACCGCCGUCGCCGUGCACGUCGAAUCGACUCUGCUCCACCUCCAGGCGCAAAAUGCUGCCGUCCGCGAGGAGCUGAACCAGCUCAAGAACGAAAACCGGAUGCUGAAGGACCGCCUCAACGCACUCGGCUUCUCACUGGAGCAACGCAUGGACCAAUCGGAGAAGGCGUUUUGCGGCGGCGGCGGUGGCGGCGCGUCUUCAUUGGAAGACCUUCUCGACGCGGACAACCUGGACAGCGAAUGCAGCGAGGUCUACCAGCCACUGACUUCCAGCGAUGACGCCUUGGACGCGCCGUCAUCGUCGGAGUCGGAGGGCGUGCCGAGUCCGGAACGAGGCGGCGGUGGCGGCGAGGUGUCCGUCGCGCGUUUGACGGAGCGCCUCCACGAAAUGGAGGAGAGCCACCACAGUACGGCGGAGGAGCUCCAAGCGACGCUGGCGGAGUUGGCGGACCUCCAGCAAAUCACGCAAGAGCUGAACGGCGAGAACGAGCGUCUUGGCGAGGAAAAGACAAUAUUAAUGGAGUCGCUGUGUCAACAAAGUGACAAGAUGGAGGUCCUCCUGCGCCAAAUCGAAUACUUGCGCUCGCUGCUGGACGACCACCAUGUUGCGUAUGCAGCAGAUGAGGACGCGAAGAGCGGUCGCUACUUGGAGCUGGAGCAGCGUUACGUUGAUUUGGCGGAGAACGCACGCUUUGAGCGUGAGCAGCUCCUCGGCGUCCAGCAGCACCUGAGCAACACGCUCAAAAUGGCGGAGCAGGACAACAAGGAGGCACAGGCGGUGAUCGGCGCACUGAAAGAACGCCAUCUCCAUGUUGAGCAUCUUUUGGAGGUAGAGCAGAAAGAGCGUUCGGCAAUGGCGGCGGCGUUGGAGGAGUUUGAAGGCGUCCGCGUGGUGGAGCGGGCAGAGGCGUCGCGGCUGAAGGCGGCACUGGAGCAUGAGCGUCAGAAGGUGGCGGAGCUGUAUGCCAUCCGGCGUGGUGAUGGAGGGGACGGUGGCGGUCCGGAUGUGGAGGAGCUGCUGGAGCGCGCACGGGAAGAGAAGGAGGUGGCAGAGGCAGCGGCCGGAGGGCUGCGUGAGGAGCUUGACCGCGCACGGAACGAGGCAAACCGGCUGCAGGACGCCAUCGGAAAGAUGGAGGACAAGUACUGCGUUUUCCAAGAAGAGGCGAAGGCGCACUCGGAGGAGCUGAAGGCGGCGCUGGAGAAGCUGCGGGCGGAGAUGGAGGAGAAGGAGACGGAGCGCGGAGACAUGAAGGAGACCAUCUUUGAGCUGGAGGACGAAGUGGAGCAGCAUCGAGCAGUCAAGCUCCAUGAUAACCUUCUCAUCUCCGACCUCGAGAACACUGUGAAAAAACUGCAGGACCAAAAGCACGAUAUGGAAAGAGAGAUCAAGACCCUUCACCGACGGCUGCGGGAGGAGUCGGCGGAGUGGCGCCAGUUCCAGGCCGACCUCCAGACGGCGGUGGUCAUCGCCAACGACAUCAAAUCCGAAGCGCAGGAGGAGAUUGGUGACCUCAAGCGCCGCCUCCAUGAGGCGCAGGAGAAGAACGAGAAGCUGACCAAGGAGCUGGAGGAAAUCAAGUCGCGCAAGCAAGAAGAGGAGCGCGGGCGCGUCUACAACUACAUGAAUGCGGUGGAGCGCGAUUUGGCUGCCCUGCGCCAAGGGAUGGGGCUCAGCCGCCGUUCAUCCACUUCCUCCGAACCCACGCCAACGGUCAAGACCCUCAUCAAGUCCUUCGACAGUGCCUCCCAAGGUACCCUGGGAAAAGGGGUGAAAGGGACAAAGAUAAUGCAGGAACUCCCUUUCGAAAGGAGAAAAUACGUAUUUUUGUCAUCUCUAGGUCCUAGUCCUGCUGCCGCGGCUGCUGCCGCUGCCAUUCCACGCACGCCACUAAGCCCCAGCCCCCUGAAAACCCCGCCGGCAGCCGCCGUGUCCCCCAUGCAGAGGCAUUCGGUCAGUGGACCCCUCUCCGGCCCCAAGACCCUUUCAGACAAGCGGCCGAAUUAUCCGGAGAUCCCGGUCCAAGACCACCUUCUUCGGACUUCAGCCGCCGGACGUCCGGCCGCUUUGCCCCGAGUCCCCGCCAUGGAAGGGUCAAAGUCCAUCUCUGUCUCCCGGCGCAGCAGUGAGGAAAUGAAGCGCGAGAUGACUGUGCCAGAUGGCGCAAACCCGGCAUCCAUGUUGUCCCCAUCGCCGCAGCUCUCCCUUGCCUCCGCUUCGCCCACCGCCUCCGUUACGCCCACCGCCAGGAACCGCAUCAGGGAGGAGAGGAAAGACCCACUUUCGGCGCUGGCGAGGGAAUAUGGCGGAUCGAAGAGGAACGCACUCCUCAAAUGGUGCCAGAAGAAGACGGAGGGGUACCAGAAUAUCGAUAUUACGAACUUCAGCAGCAGCUGGAACGACGGAUUGGCGUUUUGCGCAGUCCUCCAUACGUAUCUCCCGGCGCACAUCCCUUACCAGGAACUGAACAGCCAAGACAAGAGGCGAAACUUCACGCUGGCGUUCCAGGCGGCCGAAAGCGUUGGCAUUAAAUCCACUCUGGACAUUAACGAAAUGGUGCGGACGGAGCGACCAGAUUGGCAGAGUGUCAUGGUUUACGUGACCGCCAUUUACAAAUACUUCGAAACCUGAACGCCGCCACUGCCGCCGCCAAAUCCUCGAACGCCAAAAAUUUUGGCACGUAGGAAGCGAACCGCAACGACGCAGUUCUGCGCAACCUCCGACAGAGACUCUAUAUUGACUUUUCUGCGCAGUUCGCUGUGGCGGAUUUGGUCCCUGCGCAAAUAUCCCCGAAGACGCGCAAACUCUGAAAACCAGCGCCGAACAUUGCGAAAUGCAAAAAUGAAAACCAGUGUUAACCCUGCCCAGUUUCUCACAUUUUAAUCCUACCUCUUUUCCACUCUUCCAAAAUGGCAGAAGCCUUCGCAAACGGCGCAAGGCAUCUUCAAACGUCGUUUGCCAUCGGAUGCAGCGCUUUCGGAAGGAUUUACUUUCGUGACCGUUUUCGUUUUUUUGGAUCCGCAGUUAGAGAGAAGCCAUCUUUCAAGCCGCGUACAGUCAAACUCCAGUCCGGUGCAACUUUCACGAAGCGCGGCGAUCACAUUUCUCACCAAAAUUCAUCAUUCUUUCCCCCCGCGUCGUUCACCAAGCACCUCAGAAGCCUCCGAAAAAAGAUGGCUGCUCGAACGGACACUGGAUUUAAUGAAACGCAGCUCGGAAAUGUGAAAAUGCGACGCUGACGGAUCGCGCACCGUUUUCUGAAAUCUCCCAAUGCCAUUAAAAAUUGUGAUCAACGCAAGUGCCUUACUUGGGGUUUCAGGAAAAAACGUGCAGCGCCAAAGAUGCGGCGGGAAUAAAUUCCGUUAGAACGGCGUCCGAAGUUCGCCAUAUUCGCGCCGCUAUUGCAACAAUUGAGGGAUGUAUAUUUUUAUUGCUAUUAUUAUUAUUCCUUCGUUAGCUUUCUUUUUCCAUAAGUGUACUUGGCGGUCAUUUUCGUGCGGCGGCAAAACGACACCUUUCCAGACGCCGCAAGAUGGCGGACGGACGUAUAAAAAGCCUCCGAGGACCAAAACCGUGGAUGUGUUUCGCUGCCAAAAACAUAACGAACCGCAGAGAAUGUAUAUGCGGACUUCAUAUUUUUCCACGCCUCUGGGAACCCUAUUUAGCGCGACUGCCAUAUUUUUCACCUCCGCAGUGCGACUUUUCCGGAUACGUAUAAUGCGUUUUUUGUUUUUUCCGUAACAAGAGCAAAUGAUCUUUCCUUCCUGGAUACAAACGGGAUCAAUACAUUUGAAUUGACAAUGUAUCGGCGAUUGGAUUUCUUGGAUCGAUCUGUCUGCGAAUCCGUCGAUAAUGGAUAAAUCCGCAUCUCCCUUUUUUGGCGUGGAAAACCGGCAUUUCUUGCGUCGCAUCGAUUAUUAACUCGCAACUUUUAAUUUUAAUAGCUUCUAAUUAUUGAUUUUGCCUUUAAUUGAUUAUCCAUAACAUUGAAAACAGAUCAAUCUGAUUGAUUCAUCCUCUUAAAAUUGAUUAAAUUGAAUGGAUUCCGUUUUUUUAAAAGCGCAGAAAAGGAUUGUAGGAUAUAUAUAUAUAUAUAUAUACACACACACACACACACACACACACACACACACACAAAAGGAAGGGUUUUGCUCUUGUUAAGGGAACCGGCUAAUUAAUUAAUUAAGCCUCUCGUUACAAGGAUUCUCUAUUAAUUCCUAAUUAAUUGUCUGAUUAAAAAUACAUUAAUUGCUGA